AUGGCGAUCGCUCGGACCGGCGUGUAUGUCGACGACUACCUCGAGUACUCGAGCACCCUGGCUGGCGACCUGCAGAGGAUUCUCUCCACCAUGCGCGAGCUGGAUGACAGGGCACAUGGCAUUAUGGGUCAGACCAAAGAACAGAUAAAGUAUAUUCUGGGAGUGUCAUCCCAUGGGUAUGACAGGUCAAACAUGGAUGAUGAUGAGUCGGAGAGGAUGAAGAAGGACAUUGAAGCUAGCCAGGACAAUGCUCUGAAUCUUUGCACCGAGAAAGUCUUACUGGCACGCCAAGCUUAUGACCUGAUAGAGAGCCAUAUAAAACGCCUUGAUGAAGACUUGGGCCAGUUUGCAGAAGAUUUAAAGCAUGAAGGGAAGAUACCUUCAGAUGAACCUACAGUCCUUCCUCUAGUUCCGGUGGUUAGCAGGGAUGAGAAAAGGAGGUUUGGUUUUAGUACGCCUCAAGCAUCAAAGAAAUUUAGAGAGAGGGAAUGGGACAGGGAAAGGGGUAUGGACUUUGACUUAAUGCCCCCUCCAGGUAGCAGCAAGAAAGCAGGUACAUCUAUGGAUGUGGAUCAAACAAUUGAUCCAAAUGAACCGACAUACUGUAUAUGCCACCAGAUUUCAUAUGGUGACAUGAUUGCUUGUGACAAUGAGAAUGAAACUCAUUUUUCUCUCGUAACUAGUGCAUCUUUGCUCAACAGCACCAAGGCCGUGGGCGCGAAUGGAACCUGGAAUAAUAUACAAGGGGUAAUCGUUUUGCUCAACAUGCAGGAUCUUCAGUCCGAGGUUGUCCUGUGUGAAGAACUUGUCACAACUUGGUCGCUCGGAGUUGUUGCUUAG